AUGUCUGAACGUCCAAACGUCUCCGGCGACCUCAUCUGGGAGGUUGUCCGAAACAACAAUGCAUUCCUGGUCAAGAGGAAGUCCGGUGGUGGUGUCCAGUUCUCCCGCGAUCCCUUCAACCUCGUCAACAAGCACUCGAGAAAACACGCCGGCUUCGUGAACGACAAGGCCGUGUCCAUCCAAGCCAACGAGAAAGGAGGAGUGACGUUGUUGACCAAGAAGUCGGGAUCAUCACACAAGCCUGCGUCGCAUUACAACACCCACGCCUACGGCAAGACUACCUCGAACCGAAAGAUCUACAAGAGUGUGGCAGAUGCAGUUGGCAAGAGAUCGUACCGUGGGGACUUGAACAGAGACGCCGUUGCCCGUGCCAGUGCUCUCAAAGACUCCCAGCGACCGAAGAAGGAGACUCCGGAGAAGAAGCCUCGCGGGCUGGCGGGGCGAAAGACGGAGGCAUGA